AUGACCCAACCACCACCCCCGACAAACCCAACGACCCCAAAAAUGCGCCCCCAAUUAACCCCCACCCUCCUAUCAACCCUCUUCACCUCCCUCACACGCCCAACCACCAAAUGGACCCUCCACCGCACCCUCAAAAGCGACAACCCCCUUGACAUAAACGGCGAUCUCCACGGCACAGCAACCUUUACUCCUCUCUCACCCAACACAAACACAAACACAACCACAGCAAAAGACCUCCUCUACCACGAAGAAGGCGAGAUGCCCGCCCCGCCAGGUCUACGCGCGAAUCUCGGCGUCGGGGUGGGACUGCGCUUCACGAAGAAAUAUAUCUGGCGGUUGAGCGAGAAGGGGAUUAUUAGUGUUUGGUUUGCGAAGGUGGGGGGUGGAGAGGAUGGGCCGGAUUAUUUGUUCCAUGAGUUUGAGUUUCGUGAGGAGGGUCAGGGUCAGGGUCAAGGUGAGGGUGUGAAGGAGGGAGAGGGCGAGACGUUUGUGGAUGCGCCGACGCCGCCGCUGGUGGAUGGGGAGGAUACGGUGGUUUUUAGGGCGAGGGGGAAUCAUCUUUGUAUUAAUGAUAUGUAUCGGACGGCUUAUGCUUUUCGGGUGAAAGGGGAGGAUGGGGAGGUGGUUAGUUGGGCUAGUCGGCAUGUUGUUAAGGGGCCGAAGAAGGAUCAGGAUAUUGUUAAUUUAUAUCGGGUGGGUUGA